AUGGGAGCGCCAACUCUCCCGGUCUCUAGUGACCUGCCGCCUCUCAUCAUGGGAACGGCCACCUUCAACAGCCAAUACAAUACCAAUCCAUACGAGCUUCCUACCACAGAGCUUGUCCAUCGUGCCCUCUCAGCCGGAAUCUGCGCCUUUGAUACCUCUCCUUACUAUGGCCCGGCAGAAGAGCUGCUUGGAAAGGCCCUCUCUACUUCUUUCGUCCGUGACAACUACCCCCGGAACACCUACCGGCUGCUCACAAAAGUAGGCCGCAUAGCAGCAUCGACAUUUGACUACUCCCCGUCCUGGAUCCGACGCAGUGUUAAGCGUAGCCUGUCACGUUUAGGAACUUCAUAUCUGGACGUCGUCUACUGCCAUGACGUCGAGUUCGUUUCACCAGAGGAAGUGCUGGCUGCUGUUCAAGAAUUACGCAAGAUACGAGACUUAGAAGGAACUAUACAUUACGUCGGAAUAUCAGGAUACCCAGUCGAAGUGCUCUGUUCCCUGUCUGAGAUGAUACUGGAGAAGACAGGGGAACCGAUUGAUAUCGUCAUGUCCUACGCGAAUUUCACUCUACAAAACACCCUCUUGGCGACGAAGGGACUCACACGUCUGACUGCGGCUGGCGUAGAUUGCGUACUUAAUGCCUCACCUUUGGGAAUGGGCCUUCUCAGACGCAACGGGGUGCCUAUCGGCAGCAUGGGUGACUUCCAUCCAGCUCCCAAUGGGUUACGUGAGGCAAUUCACAAAGCGAGUCUCUGGACCGACGAACAAGGAGAGAAGAUCGAGGCAGUUGCCAUCCGAUAUGCGCUUGAAAACUGGCUGCAUGAGGGCGCUGUCGUUGGAGCAUCGGGGCUGCCGACGGCUGUUUCUGCCCCGGCGAGCGGUGCAGGUGCCGGUACCAGUACCUGUCCGCGUAGAGUUGGAGGCAGUGUUAUGGGAGUGAGCAAUAUCGCUGAACUGGAAGAAACCAUGCAUGUUUGGAAAACUAUUCUGGAUGCCUUGCCGGCCGAGAGUAUCAAUCCGCAGUGCAGGGAAGGGCAUGUUGUGUUGGACGAAGACAAGAAACCUCCGGAGAGCCAGCGGAUUCAAACCCUAACGAAGGGCAUACGUGAUAUCCUCGGAGCCAAGUGGGUGGAUUUUGAAUGGGCAAGCCCAGACGCUGACUUCGUGAACACGCCGAUACCUGAACACCCGCCACCGGUCGAGGAAUGA